CAUGUUUCAACAGCAGGUCAGCAGCUAAAGAUUACUUGCCAGUAGAAAAUUAGAGCUGUCCGUAGGAGAAGCUGAAAGCCGUCGCCGUCGCGCGCCUUGCCCGUGUCGCCAGGCGCGUCCCGGCAUCCCGUGGAGUCAGUAAGCAGCGAUAGGAGUAGUAUAUUACGCUACGCCAGAGCCAGAGCAACGGGGCUGGCUGGUUUUCGUGAUCCCGUCGUCCGUCCGUCGUUUGCCAAGUCUCGCCCUGACGUGGUAGGACGCUCCGGGAACGCGAGCGCGAGGCCGAGGCGCGGCGUGGGAUGCUCGUGGCCGCGCUGAGGCACAUGCUGCGCCGCGUCCUCGCCGGCCUCCGCUCCCUGCACCCGCGCCCGCGGAGACGCCGCCACGGCCCCAACGCCGGCGCCUCCGGAGCGGCGGCGUCGUCGUCCAAGGGGCCGCGCGUCACCGUGCGCCGCCUCGGCAGCAACAAGGCCGCCACCGCGGACGCGUCGACGCCCCCGGGGCCGGGCGAGGCGCGGGCUGCUGCGGCGGUGACCAUCCGCGUGGCCACGUUCAACGCGGCGCUCUUCUCCAUGGCGCCCGCCGUGGCCGCCGCGUCCCCUAAACCCGUCCCCGAAGCCGAUGCCGAUGCCGCCGCGCGCCGCAGCGGCACGGGCGCGCGGCGGCCCAAGGGGAUCCUGAAGGCGCAGGCGAGCCUCCUAUCCCGGACCCCAAGCAAGGCGCGCGUGUCCAUCAACAUCCAGGACAACGAGAUCUCCCUCGACCGCAGCGGCAAGCUGCUGGGCACCGCCGCCAUGAGAGGCAGCAGCAGCAAGAAGCUUCGGCAGCAGCACGGCUUGAGCUUCAGCGGCAGGCAGGGGCAUCAGCAGGAUUCGACCGUGGGGCGUCUGGAUUCCGGCAGGAGGAGGAGCGUGGAGGAGGUGCUGCGGGAGGCCGGGGCGGACGUGAUCGCGCUGCAGAACGUGCGGGCGGAGGAAGGGAGCGGGAUGCGGCCGCUGUCGGAGCUAGCGGCGGCGCUGGGGAUGGGGUACGCGUUCGCCGAGAGCUGGGCGCCCGAGUACGGCAACGCCGUGCUCUCCCGCUGGCCCAUCACGCGCUGGAAGGCGCUCCGCGUCGCCGACCCCUCCGACCUCCGGAACGUGCUCCGGGCGACGAUCGAGGUGCCGAAUGCAGGGCCGGUGAACAUCCACUGCACGCAGCUGGACCACCUGGACGAGAGCUGGCGGAUGAAGCAGGUGGACGCCAUGCUCCGCUCCGCCGACGGGCCCCACAUCCUCGCCGGCGGCCUCAACGCCCUCGACGCCACCGACUACUCCCCCCACCGCUGGGCCGACAUCGUCAAGUACUACGAGGAGAUCGGCAAGCCGACGCCCAAGGCGGAGGUGAUGAGGUACCUCAAGGGGAAACAGUACGUGGACGCCAAGGACUUCGCCGGGGAAUGCGAGGCCGUCGUGGUCGUGGCCAAAGGCCAAGAUGUGCAAGGGACGUGCAAGUACGGCACGAGGGUGGACUACAUCCUGGCGUCGCCAGGCUCGCCUUACAAGUUCGUGCCGGGGUCCUACACGGUCGUCUCCUCCAAGGGGACCUCCGACCACCACAUCGUCCGGGUCGACGUGGCGGUACCGGAGGUCCGAGAAGGCGGCGCCGAGACCGCCGGCGGGAUCAAGGGUCGGAAGAAGAAGCAGAGGGUGGUGGUCAAGAUGAGCAGCAAGAAGGGGUUGAGGAAAGGGAUAUGGUCGCGCGGCAGCUAAAAUGAAUGAUGAUCCUUCUGUCUGUGUUUUUUUGUUCUAUACGUCAUUGUUUUGCCGUUUGUUGGUUAGCUUUUCAAAUGUGUAUACGGCCGGCUAGCGGCAAGUGGGUGAAUUGGUGUUGAAGGAUUGUGAUGUAUAAGGAGUAACCAGGAAGAGGAAGCAAUGUGUUUAUUUGAUCUGGCUUC